AUGUCGAAUAGAAUUGGACCACAAAUUCCUGCUUAUUUACUUUCAAAUUUUAAAGAAAAUCCUAGCGAUGAGGAUAACGACGACUUCGAAUCUUCUCCAGACACUAGUCCUAAACUAUUUACAGAGCAAGGUGGAAAUUUAACAGAGGAAGAAGGCAAUUUGGAUGAUUAUAUGCCAGAGUUACCACCCGAUAUCAUUGCAGAAAGACAGAGAAAAAAAAUAGAACAAGAAAAUAAUUUAAAUAAAGGCGAUCUUGAUAAGCGGAAAAUAGGACCGGCAAUGCCUCCAUUUGUUGGAUAUGAUGAACAUCAAACAUCCGAGGAGGAAGAAGAUAUUGUGGGACCUAUAUUGCCGCGAGAUUUUAACGAGAAGAAUGACGAGCUUGCUUUUCAAAGCGCAAUUCAGGAGUUUGAAGAAAGGGCGGAUAAGAUGCGUCAGAAACUUGAAUCUGGAGAGGAAGGAGAAAAUCGUUUGCAACGUGGAGAAUGGAUGCUUGUUCCACCACCAGAAGCAAAAUUUUUAGAGGAGGAAGAAAUUAAAUACACUGAAGCGGAUUUAGAAAACGCUAAAAGGGUUAAAGAAUAUAAUGAACUGUAUCGUCCAAAAUCACUUCUAGAAGAGCAUGCUGAAAAGUAUACGAAAUCCAAAAAAUGGAAAGAAGAUAGUGUUAGCAACCGACCAUUUGAACGCGAGAAAGAUGUAUUGGGUGCACGUCGUAUGGAUAGCCGAAAGCGACAGGAAAUUUUGGAUAAUGCUAAGGAGCUAUCUUCCAAGGUAACUAUCAUUAAAAUCUUGUUAGCAUAA